AUGAACGCCCAACUUCUCAACCCCUUCACCCUCGACAUCCCCGACUCGGUCUCCACCACCCUCUCCACCGCCGAAUGCAGCACGCUCCUCUUCAACCACGGCUCCUCCCUCCUCUCCGGCCAAUACCUCGCCGUCGGUCGCAACGACGGAUACAUCACCAUCUGGGAUCUGGAGACCAAAUCUGUCCUCCGUGUUCUCGCCGGUCACGUUCGACCUGUGACGGGGUUAGCGUGGAGCAGGUACAAUCGAUAUCUUGCGAGUUGCAGUGGUGAUUGGAACGUGAUCGUGUGGGAUUUGGCGAGCAAGAGUUUUGCAGGUCCGGUGCUGAGGAGCGGCGGGAAGGGAAAGGAAAGUGCGGAUGGUGAGGCUGGCUUAGACCCGAGGUUGCCAUGUGCGGGCGAGAGGAAGUUGACGAUUCGGUUCGAUUGCGCCGUGGCAUCGGUUCAGUUUGCUCCCGGUGCGAGUGGGCGGUUGGUAGUGGUGACUGCGACGCAAGAGGCGUAUCUGGUCGAUAUCAGAGACAAGGUGCAAGUGGGAAAGAAGAGAAGGGGCAAAGUUCAGGUGAAGGAUACCGAAUGUUCACCUACACGGAUCCCCUUGGUGAGGAACAGCGAUGCUGUCCAAGGGUUCAAACCCGAACCGCACUCAACCCAACCCGAGAUCGACGAUACAACCGCAACUCCAACACAAGCGGGGAUUACAGCGGCUCGCUUCACCCCCGAUUCGCGCUUCAUCGUCGCAGGAACCUCUAAAGGCAGUCUCGUCAUCUACUCCGCCCUCGCCGGCGAAUUCCUGGACGAGCAAAAGGUACUCUCCACCACCUCCGGCGUCAAAGAGCUCUGCUUCGACGCAGCUGGCAGAUACCUCGUCGUCAACUGCAACGAUCGCGCCCUGCGCAUCCUCUCCGUCCACACCUCUGCUUCAUCAUCUGCUACAAAACAGCCUCUCCCAACCCUUUCGUUAACACUCCUCCACAAGAUCCAAGACAUGAUCCAACGAACCGCCUGGAACAACAUCGGCUUCUCCCCUUCCUCCGACUACAUCUUCGCGGGUGCAGCGCACAAAGCCUCGCACAACGUCUACAUCUGGGACCGCACCUCCUCCACGCUCUCCAAGAUCCUCGAGGGUCCCAAAGACUGGUCGAUCGGAGUGGACUGGCAUCCGAGCAGACCGAUGUUGGCUUCGGCCAGCAACACGGGUGCGAUCUACGUGUGGUUUACUCCGACGGAAGAGAUCUGGUCGGCGUACGCUCCAGGGUUCGAAGAGUUGGAGGAGAACAUGGAGUACGAGGAGAGGGAGGACGAGUUUGAUUUCUUGGAUGGGAGGGGAGAGAGCGAGAGAAAGAGGUUGGUGGAGGAGGAGGCUGCGUAUGUUCGCAUCAGCGAUCGCUCAGAAGCAAGAGGAAAGAGAGGCGGGGAGAAAGAAGGGGCGAUGUGGAAGGAGGUUGCUCAGAUGUUGGAGGUGGAUUCGGGAGAGGAGAAGGGAAAAGAGUGGAUGGCGGUAAAGACUCUACUCGGUACAAGACUGGAGGAGCUUUCUUUGGACUCGGGUUGGAGAUCGAUAGCAAGUGCGGGGGUAGCACCGAUGGAGGGGAGCGAGGAGGAACGAUGGCUCGAAUUCACGCUGACAGACGACGACGAUAGCGAUGCGUUCGUCAUCCCACCUCGUCUCGAGAUCGACUACUCAGACUUUCACGACGAUCACAUUUGA